AUGUUAUGCAUGUUCAUGUAUUAUCUGGAGUGUGAGUCGUAUAAACCAGUUGAUAAGAAUGUCAGUAUAGGUUACUAUAAACCUUGUCCGUUUCAUGUUUCGAGAAUGGAGACUAACUAUUUUAAAGUGUUGGCUUUCGCCGUCCUGUUUUACUUGAAGUGUUAUCGGGUCAGAGGGUGCGAUGACGUAAGUAGUAAGGCGUGCCAUGAUAUGAUGUCACAGAACGAGGACCUCUGUAAUGAUGCCUGUCUCUCAAGUGUCUGUCAGCGAACGUGUGGAAAGUGUGCCUUAAAAUGUUAUUCCUGCCACGAGGUUGAUAAACUGAACAACUGUAACACUACCACGGAAUGUCCUUCAAACGAACAUCAAUGCAUCUCCGUUAAAUCAUUCAACAGCGAUUUUAAGGAGGUCUACAAAUUAGGCUGUGCACUUGGAACUAUAUGUGACAGUCCCGGCUUAGAAACAUCGUGUUGUACGUCAGAUUUGUGUAAUAAUCACAGACUUACUACGACGAUACCAUUAACAACGACAACAACCACAACAACAACAACGACAACAACAACAACAACGACAACAUCGACAACAACGCUCUCACCAUCUCCCCCACCACCAACACUGUCAUCACCACAGACACCGACGUCACUGACAACAGAAACAACUAGGAAUCCUACAACAUUAACAACAGAAGAGUAUUUGUCUAUAAUUCGGACAAAACUUUUGUUACUUACAGUUCUUUUAGUCGGGAAGCGCCAACAUGUAGAUCCUUUCUGUGUUGAAAAUUCUCCAAAGAUUUGUCAGGAGCUUAUAAGUUCUGAUCCCACCUCCUGUUCUAAGGAUUGUGUCGUGUCCAUGUGUCCAGUUUCCUGCGGGAAGUGCAAGACUUGUUACAAUUGUGCAUACGUUGCAGACUCAGAAUUGUGCAACACGACAAUACUGUGUAAACAUGAUGAGUUUUGCUAUGGACUUGAGACGGUCAACUCUUAUAAAGAGCAUGGAUUUAGGCUCGGGUGUGCUCCACAGGCGGUUUGCGACUCGAUUGCAACUAUAUCUACGAACAACUUUGGAAGGAGAUCACAGAGAGCUUUAGUCGGGGGUUGUUGCAGUAAGAAUUUGUGUAAUACUCACAUAAAGCCAUUAACAACCACAAAAACUAUACCAUUGAAUGCAAGAACCACACCAACACCUUCAACGACGAUGGCAACUACAACAAUGAAUACCUGCCGAUGUCCACAAAAUGCUUUCAUCUACAAAAAUGAUUGUUUCUUUGUUUCAAAUACCACAUAUACAAGAAGUGCAGCAAAGUCUUUCUGUCGGGCUCACUGUGCUAAUUUGGCACGAUUUGAAUCUUCAGAUGAAAUGAAUGACAUUGAGACAAAAGUUCGCAAUUACAUUCGCCAAUCCAAUCACCGACGAUUUAUCCUUGAUACAUAUCACGGUUUUGCCUUCAUUUCUACAUAUAUUGACGCCAUUUACGACUCAAGGCGGCAUUGGAUUUGGGAAUCCACACAGGACAGGAUCUCCCAUGCUCUCUUUAGAAACCAGACAGUACCGAAACACACUGAUCAUGAGUGCGCAGUCUCUCAUUAUCUCUUCAGAUCAAAUAUAUCACCAGUUGACUGUAACUCCCUCCAUCCAGCGCUUUGUCUUCUCCAAAGCGCAUAA